CACAUGUUGGAGUACUUGAACACUGUUGGAUAACCCGUCACGUCAGUUAAUAGAAGACUAUGCAUGGUGCUUUUACUUAUGCACACUCUCUUGUAUUUUUCAACUUUUUCUACGUACAUCCAUCUUCAAUUUGCAUUCCUGAAUCUCUGGAUACUACGAGAAAUGCCCCACACUGCCUGGCUCAUUUGGAAUACCUCUGACCUCGUCGUCAUCGUAAGCACCUGUAGUAUCCACGCUACUGUCCGGAGAAUAUACUCCAUCUAUCCGGCAGAGGAUGAUGGGUAUUAACUAUCUUGCUCAAGGAGAGUAGCUAUUCGUCUCCGCACAUAACCCCGCAUUACUGCCAAGCUACUCUC